AGAGGAGUAUAGAUAUAUGAGCAUAGAUAGAUAGAGAGAUAGAGGAGUAUAGAUAUAUGAGCAUAGAUAGAUAGAUAGAUAGAUGGAGGAGUAUAGAUAUAUAAGCAUAGAUAGAUAGAUAGAUGGAUAGAUAGAGGAGUAUAGAUAUAUAAGCAUAGAUAGAUAGAUGGAUGGAUAGAUAGAGGAGUAUAGAUAUAUAAGCAUAGAUAGAUAGAUAGAUAGAUAGAGGAGUAUAGAUAUAUAAGCAUAGAUAGAUAGAUGGAUGGAUAGAUAGAGGAGUAUAGAUAUAUAAGCAUAGAUAGAUAGAUGGAUAGAUAGAGGAGUAUAGAUAUAUAAGCAUAGAUAGAUAGAUAGAUAGAUGGAGGAGUAUAGAUAUAUAAGCAUAGAUAGAUAGAGAGAUAGAGGAGUAUAGAUAUAUGAGCAUAGAUAGAUAGAUAGAUAGAUGGAGGAGUAUAGAUAUAUAAGCAUAGAUAGAUAGAUAGAUGGAUAGAGGAGUAUAGAUAUAUAAGCAUAGAUAGAUAGAUGGAUGGAUAGAUAGAGGAGUAUAGAUAUAUAAGCAUAGAUAGAUAGAUAGAUAGAUAGAUAGAGGAGUAUAGAUAUAUAAGCAUAGAUAGAUAGAUGGAUGGAUAGAUAGAGGAGUAUAGAUAUAUAAGCAUAGAUAGAUAGAUGGAUAGAUAGAGGAGUAUAGAUAUAUAAGCAUAGAUAGAUAGAUAGAUAGAUGGAGGAGUAUAGAUAUAUAAGCAUAGAUAGAUAGAUAGAUGGAUAGAUAGAGGAGUAUAGAUAUAUAAGCAUAGAUAGAUAGAUAGAUAGAUAGAUAGAGGAGUAUAGAUAUAUAAGCAUAGAUAGAUAGAUAGAUAGAUAGAUAGAGGAGUAUAGAUAUAUAAGCAUAGAUAGAUAGAUAGAUGGAGGAGUAUAGAUAUAUAAGCAUAGAUAGAUAGAUAGAUAGAUAGAUAGAUAGAUAGAUAGAUAGAUGGAUAGAUAGAGGAGUAUAGAUAUAUAAGCAUAGAUAGAUAGAUAGAUGGAUAGAUAGAGGAGUAUAGAUAUAUAAGCAUAGAUAGAUAGAUAGAUGGAUAGAUAGAGGAGUAUAGAUAUAUAAGCAUAGAUAGAUAGAUAGAUAGAUAGAUAGAUAGAUAGAUAGAUAGAUAGAGGAGUAUAGAUAUAUAAGCAUAGAUAGAUAGAUAGAUGGAGGAGUAUAGAUAUAUAAGCAUAGAUAGAUAGAUAGAUAGAUAGAUAGAGGAGUAUAGAUAUACAGUGGUGGCCAAAAUUAUUAGAACACUUGGCAUAUUUAAGAAUUUUCAGUUGUUUUUGUUGAGUUGGCCAUUAAAAUACCCAUAAAACAAAUUAAAUAUCUACAAAGUCAUCAUUUUGCUCUAUAAACCCUAGAAUAGAGCCAUCAUAAGGAGAAUUAGGUCAUUUUCCAUACAAAAAACAAGCAAGGCCUGUCAGUGUCACACAAUCAUGUUCCUUCACAGAAGCAGCCAAAUUACUUGUGUAAUCCUUCUCAGGUGUGAUCGUGGUUAAAUUGAUGGUGAUGCAAGUCUUAGGACACAGCUGUGUGAUUCUUUUGAACGUACAAGGCCUAUCCUGCUCAUUAAGUGAUUGGUAACAUGAGGGUUUUGUCACUGAGGCCACACCACCAAUUGGUAUAAAUUCAAAGCCUCUAGAAGUAGUCUUGAAGCUCAUGUUGCUCUUUGAACAUGGCUAAGGUGAAGAAGGAAUUAACGAGUGAGCAGCGGGUUCGAAUAAAGGCCCUUUUUGAUGCUGGCUGGAGUUACCGCCGCAUAGCCAAGGACUUGAGAUGCAGUCCAAGCACUGUAAAGUACACUUUAGACCGCCAUGAUGCCACCAAUUCACACCAGAACCGAAAGGGGAGAGGUAGAAAAAAGAAACUUUCUGACAGACAAGUGAAGCAUCUCAAAAUUCUCAGUCUUAAGGACCGAAGAAAGACCUCACGAGAACUGCGUGACGAGAUCAACACCACAAUGACUAAUGGUGCAACAGUGUCUUCAAGAACUGUGCGUCGGAAACUGGGAGAAGAAGGACUUGUUGGCAGAAUAGCAGCAAAGAAACCAUUACUGAGAGAGAAAAAUAGAGUGAAACGCCUGAAAUUCGCUAAAGAACACAAGAAAUGGACAAAGGGAGAUUGGUAUAAAGUGUUGUGGACUGAUGAGUCCAAAUUUGAACAGUUUGGCAACAAGCGAAGAGUGUAUGUUCGACGGAGGGAGGGGGAGAGAUAUAAAAAUGAGUGUCUCUUGCCAACAGUUAAACACGGAGGGGGUAGUAUUAUGGUGUGGGGUGCCAUUGCAGCCUCAGGAACAGGUGACUUAGUGAAAAUUGAUGGCAUCAUGGAUAAGAAAGUAUACCACAACAUUCUGGUGAGGCACGGAGUACCAUCUGGGAGUCGUCUUAUUGGGCCUGGAUUUAUUUUCCAAGAGGACAACGACCCUAAACAUUCUUCUAAGUAUUGCCGGAACUACCUGCGACAGAAGGAAUCUGCUGGAACAUUGAAAAUGAUGGACUGGCCCCCUCAAAGUCCGGACCUCAACCCCAUUGAGCAAAUUUGGGGCGAGUUGGAAAAUAAACUGGACAGAUCUAUUGUACAUUCAAAGGAAAGCCUUUGGCUUGAGUUGCAGAAGGCAUGGGAUAAUAUUAGUGUUCAAGUUCUCAAGAAAUAUAUUGACACUAUGCCAGAGAGAUGUGCUGCUGUAAUUGCUGCAAAAGGUGGACAUACCAAAUAUUAAAGUUAAAAGUGGAUAAAAACAGUAGGACUCACUUAAUCUGAUAUUUGUUGUGCUCAGAGCAACCAUCUGCAUGCAUCAUGAACAUUUUGAAAGGAAAUCAUGUUUUGGAGGCAAAAAAAAGUUCAAUGUUUUCAUUUCUGUCAGGUGUUCUAAUAAUUUUGGCCACCACUGUAUAAGCAUAGAUAGAUAGAUAGAUAGAUGGAGGAGUAUAGAUAUAUAAGCAUAGAUAGAUAGAUAGAUGGAUAGAUAGAGGAGUAUAGAUAUAUAAGCAUAGAUAGAUAGAUGGAUAGAUAGAGGAGUAUAGAUAUAUAAGCAUAGAUAGAUAGAUAGAUAGAUGGAGGAGUAUAGAUAUAUAAGCAUAGAUAGAUAGAUAGAUAGAUGGAGGAGUAUAGAUAUAUAAGCAUAGAUAGAUAGAUAGAUGGAUAGAUAGAGGAGUAUAGAUAUAUAAGCAUAGAUAGAUAGAUGGAUAGAUAGAGGAGUAUAGAUAUAUAAGCAUAGAUAGAUAGAGAGAUAGAUAGAUAGAGGAGUAUAGAUAUAUAAGCAUAGAUAGAUAGAUAGAUGGAGGAGUAUAGAUAUAUAAGCAUAGAUAGAUAGAUAGAUAGAUAGAUAGAUGGAUAGAUAGAGGAGUAUAGAUAUAUAAGCAUAGAUAGAUAGAUAGAUGGAUAGAUAGAGGAGUAUAGAUAUAUAAGCAUAGAUAGAUAGAUAGAUAGAUAGAUAGAGGAGUAUAGAUAUAUAAGCAUAGAUAGAUAGAUAGAUGGAUAGGUAGAUGAAUAGAUAGAUAGAGGAGUAUAGAUAUAUAAGCAUAGAUAGAUAGAGAGAUGGAUAGAUAGAUAGAUAGAUUGAACUGAAUUAUUGUCUGGUUAUUGAUCAGCUGACUGUUUGUCCCUCAGAGCUCCACAUGGACCUCACCAACUACUACGAACUCAAACAUCAACCUCACAACCUGCGUCUGCUGACGGGCGGCCUGGGAGGGGUGGGGCCAGCCGGGGUGGGAGGGGCGGAGCUAGACGACCGCCUGGCUCUGCCUCCUCCCUCCUGCUCCUCCUCCGCCUCGGUGGCCGCCGUGAGCAGAGCGAGGAGUCCGCUCAGAGCGCCGUCCCGGCUGAGCGCCGCAUCAGGAGGGGAGUCCGCCGCCAUCCUGCUGUCACCACACUUCCUGGACGGAGCCCCGCCCAAAACAGCGGUGAUCAGCGGGGCGGACGGACGUCAGAGCGACCACCAUCUGGAGGAGCUGUACAAGGAGAGGUGAGAUGAUCGUCCAUCAGAGUGAGGGGUCUGUGUCAAAAACCGGUCCACCUGCAGGUCCUCCUGUCCCGCUUUAGUCCACCCAGCAGAGUCCUCGUCUCUCUCUGAGUUUUAUUUUGGCGGUGUCAGAGUGUGAGACUGUGAACGACUUCCUGCGGAGCUGUCAUCCUAACCGUGACGGUCUGUGUUCACAGGAACCUCCUGCUGGGCGAGAUCGACCGCGAGGAGAGAGAGCGCUGUUGGUACUUCAGCCAGCUGGAGGCGCUGUCGCAGAGACUGGCUCAGCUUCCUCGCAUCGACACGGUGAGGACACACACACACACAGGAAACACACACAGGAAACACACACACACACACAGGACACACACACACACACACACACGGGAAACACACACACACACACACACACACACAGGAAACACACACAAACACACACACAAACACACACAGGAAACACACACACACAAACACACACACAGGAAACACACACACAGGAAACACACACACACAAACACACACACACACACACAAACACACACACACAAACACACAAACACACACACAGGAAACACACACACACACACAAACACACACAGGAAACACACACACACACAAACACACACAAACACACACACAGGAAACACACACACACACACACAAACACACACACACACACACACACACAAACACACAAACACACACACAGGAAACAUCAUAAAAAAACAGGUUAAAAAAGAUUUAAAAAUACAGAUUAAAAAAAAGGUUUUUAAAAAAAGAAAAAAAAGAAAUUUAGAAAAUAUAUAGAUUUAAGAAAAAAAAGAAAAAAGAAAAAAAGGAUUUAAAUCAAACAUAUAUAAAAUAUAAAAAAUAAAAAAUAUAAAAAAAUCAGAUCUAAAAAAAAAGAUUAAAAAAACAAAUUAAAAAAAGAAAAUGAAUAAAAGAAACAGAUUAAAAAAAUAAUAAAAUAAUUAAAAAAUAAAUAAAAAACAGAUUAAAAAAAAAAUUAAUAAAUGAAUAAAAACAGAGGCUGUGACCACGGUUGGAUGUUGACGUCUCUGUGUGACCUCUGACCUCUGACCUUCGUGUGUCUGUGCCACAGUUCUCUCUGCAGAUGGAUCUGAUCCGACAGCAGCUGGAGUUUGAGGCUCAGCAGGUCCAGUCCGUGAUGGAGGAGCGCUUCGGAACCAGCGAUGAGGUGGUCCAGAGGACGCAGGUGAGAGCUGCUGAUUGGACGUUUUUUUUUAAUGAGAGAGUUUUAAAGAGACGGCGUAGAGAACGGCGAGCUUUACAUCGUUAGUGGGACAAACAGCUGGAGAUGAAGAUGGAGAACAUCUGGAGGAGUCUGAACUGUGUGUGUGUGUGCGUGUGUGUGUGUGUGUGUGUGUGUGUGUGUUUCAGAUGCGUGUUGCUCGUCUGGAGCAGCUGGAGAAGGAGCUGCAGGAGGCCCGAGGGAGUCAGGAGAGUCAGCUACAGGUAAGACAUACAUACAUCUACGCACACACACACCAUACUAACACACACACACACACACACACACACACACACACACACACACACACACACACACCAUACUAACACACACACACACACACACUAGGCUGGACAGUGUAAACUAUAAAGCGUCGUUCCAUCAGUGUCUUAAUUUUCCUCGCGGUCAUCGUGGACGACCUUCAGGCGUCUCUUUUUAAAUUUGUGUUUUUUUCUUGGUUAUUUUUCCGUCACAUUUCUUCCUUUUUCUUUUUCACGACACACACGUCUGUUUUGUUUUCCUCUUAUUUGUAGUUGAAGUGUGUCCAGAUAUCAUUUCCUAUUUUUGUCCCAGACGACCCGACCACGACUCCAACUCUCCCAAAAACGUCUUCGCCCACCGCGUCUAAAAACACGGCGAGUUAGAGGAUUAAGGAAGUGACGUCACCGAGGAAACAGAAAACAAGAACAACACGACUGAACGACUGCGUCUCGUUUUAACGAAAUAAGACAUUUAACAGUUUUUAUUUAUUGAACCACAUUUAGUCUCAUUUUUAUUCCUCAAUAAAAACGAUAUUGAAUUAUAUAUUUAGUUAACUUUAUCGUCACAUGACCAACAUUUACGUUUCGUCUCGUUUUCGUCACGUGAUCAAAGUUCGUUGGCGACGAUAUUUCCUCAUAAUUUUCAUUGAUGAAAGCGACUUUAGUUCCUCCAUGAUCUUCAGAGAGUUUCUUCAGUCCGAACCCGGUCCGGUCCGGUCCGGUCCCGGAUCACUGCAGCAGUCUCUCCCAGUUUAACUCCACCUGACACAGCGACACGGCGCCGUCGUAGGUCCAGACCCAGAAAGCCGGGUACAGCGGCUCAGAGAAGGUGGAGGUGAAGGUGUGCAGGUGGACCAUGGCCUCCUUAGAGACGCAGUAGAAGGACAGAGCGCCUGCCGACCAGUCCAGGAAAACCCCGACCCGGUGUGUGAAGGGUCGGGGCGAGGAGGACUUGAACCUCUUGUUGUCGUGACACGGCGUGUAGCUCCGCCCCGAACACUCCAGACUCCAGGAGCGCUCGUUGUGUCCCAGCAGGCAGCUCGCCACGUCUCCGUCUCUGGAGAUGUUGUUGUACGUGACUCCGAUAUCGGCGCCCCCGCUCCAGUCCACCUCCCAGUACGCCGAGUCCAGCAGCCCCUCCCGGCAAAGGACCUGAGGACAGCGCUUGAACCGGUCUGGGUGGUCCAACAGUGGAUGGUCGGACCAAACCCGAACUGCCUCCCUGUUGCAUUUAGUCAGAUGGAGCUCUGAGUUGGCGGUGUUGGGGUCAAAGGUCAAAUAGCAGGCGUCUGCGGGACAAAGUGAGAGAAGGUGGUGUUUUAAAAUCCUCUGAGCAGGACGAAGAGUCCGCCAAAGAGAUGGACCCAGAAAAGUAGACCAGAACCAGAACUGCAGAAUUUAAAGACUUUAACAGAGAGUACCCUGAGGUUUCUGCGGUUCCACAUAACUCCAAACAUCUCCAAAAGCACCCUGACCUGAACCCUAACCAAGUUCUGAUAGAGGUCUAACAGAGUCUGAACCCCCAUAAAUAACCUCAGAGACCCGGUUUUCUGGUCCCAACCAGCCCCUGAAUCUGGGGCAGAAAUUCAACUGUAUGCAGACGAUUCUGUUCAAUAACGUCGUAGAUCCUCCUGUAGAUCUGUGUUUCUGACGGAGUUUGAGGUCUUUCAAAAUGAUGACGACUGAGAAUUUAAGGGUUUUUAAAAUAUUCAAAGUCUCUGUUUAAAAGUUCAAAGACGAGACGGUGGACCCUCUGCUCUUUAGGACGCAGAGUCCAGGAUUUACAGUUCUUCAUGAAAGGUCAACUGGUCUUCCUCCAAGACCAAGUCCUCAAAGACCAGUUGACCUUUGAAGAAGAAGGUCAGAUGUUGUUUCAGUUUGAACCUCAUUAAUGUUCUCAGUCAGUGGUUUUAGAAGUGAUUCUGAGUCCAUGCGGUGACUCCCACUCCAGAGUUCUGCCGUCUUUGCACCACUAAAAUCACAUAAAAGCUUUUAACCAUCUUUGUUUUUGCCCAAAUCUGGACUCACAGUUUUUCACGAACCACAGGUCCUCGUCUUCAUGGUCCCUGUAAGAGAAACAAAAAACCCUGAAACCAGCAGAAACCAGGAGCCGCAGACUUUGACAGGAUCAUGAGGUGGUUCUGUCUAAACCGUCUGAACCGGGUCCACUCUUUCUUUCUUUCUUUCUUUCUGUCUUUCUUUCUGUCUUUCUGUCUUUCUGUCUUUCUUUCUUUUUUUCUUUCUGUCAUUUUUUCUUUCUGUCUUUCUUUCUUUCUGUCUUUCUUUCUUUCUUUCUUUCUUUCUUUCUUUCUUUCUUUCUUUCUUUCUUUCUUUCUUUCUUUCUUUCUUUCUUUCUUUCUUUCUUUCUUUCUUUCUUUCUUUCUUUCUUUCUUUCUUUCUUUCUUUCUUUCUUUCUUUCUUUCUUUCUUUCUUUCUUUCUUUCUUUCUUUCUUUCUUUCUGUCUUUCUUUCUUUCUGUCUUUCUUUCUUUCUUUCUUUCUUUCUUUCUUUCUUUCUUUCUUUCGUUCUCACCCCAUCUCGUCUUUGUUUCGGUCUCUCAGACUGAAGAGACUGACGGCAGAGGUCAGAGACAGGAGAGUCUCAGGUACUAAUUCUUCAUCUUUCUCCUCCUCUUCCUCUUCAUCUGCCUUUUCUUCCUUUUCUUCUUCUUCUUCUUCUUCUUCUGGUUCCUCUCUGUUCAUCGUUUCUUCUUCUGGCACCGCAGGGAUGUCGUCACUCUUUUCUUCCCCCUCACAGCUUGGCUCCUCCGCAGGAGGAAGUAGAAGGACUUUGCAGAAAAGGAAAAAAACAUUAAAAUCUGUUAAAAUACAUUUAAAUCUUCAGAAUAAGUUUGAAUCUGACCCACCGUCCUGUGUCUCAGGGAUCGGACCCUCAGGACCUCCCUCUCCAUGGUCCUCUGGUUCUGUCUCUUCGGCGCUCUUGUCGUCAGUCUCGGGGUCGUCUCCGUUAAAACCCUCGUCCCUCCGUUCCUCACUCGGCGUCUCUUUGCUGAAAAUCUUUUGGUCUCUUCUGAACAAACUUAAAAAGAGUUCGUCUCGUCUUUCAGCUUUUAAAGCUUUUAUUUUGGCGGGGUCUUCCUUCGCUGCGUCCCUCUCCUUUGAGAGUCCGAUCCUGAAGACGUUGGUCAGGUCGUCUUUCAGGAAGCUCAGGCGGUUGUUGGUCCUCUCGGCUGAUUGGCUGGUUUUGGGGUCUGAAGACUUGGCGUCUCUGUCCUUGUUGGAGCUGAAGACACUGGUCACGUCUUCUCUGAACUGGUUCAGGUCCUCCUUCAGGAGACCCAGAGCACUGACCUGGGCCGGUUUCUCUUCAGCCUGACCUGAGGUGGUGUCCUCAGACUCGGUCUUUGGGUCUUUGUCCCUGAAAACUUUGAGGACUUCCUCCUUGAACUGGGUUAGGUCCUCUCUCAGGAGACUCAGCGGACUGGCGGUCCUCCUCUCCCUCUGGAUGCUCCUCAGCUGGACUUUGGUCUCUGGGUUCUUGUCCUUUGGUUGGUCUGGAUCGGGUUCAUGAUGAAGUGACUUUUGUUUAUAUUUAGAGUCAGUUUGUUUGUCAGAAACCUAAAGUCUUAAAGUCGGCAUGAACUAAUAUGAAACUGGUGUCAUCAGGGAAUAACCAGAGGAGAGGUUACUACAGGACGUAGGGAGUCAUUAAUAUAAAUGAAGAUCAAUAAAGGACCCCGGAUUGACCCCUGAGGGACCCCAAAGAGAAGACUGGAUUAAGUGGAUGGAGCCCCAUGUAGGUGAACAAACUGCUCUCUGUUGUCUCGGUAACUGAUCAGAUGAACUUCUGUAUGAACUUUGACCCUCUGGGAAAGUCAGUCUGCCUGUUCAUGUGAUGUUAGCAUGCUAAUGUUAGCAGCUCCUAAUGCGCUCUCGGCACUUUCACUUCCUGUCCAGACUUGUUAGAGGUUUCAGAUCCAGAGCGUCUCGGUCUGAUACUCACAGUUGCUUCAGUCUCAGUCCUGGACUCUGGUCUUUGUGGGUUUUUCAGGAGCUCAGGUCUGAGUGUGUCCCGGGUCAGCUGUAAUCUCAGUCUCUCUCUCUCUCUCUCUCUCUCUGUGUUUUCGAUGACUCGGCGUUCCUCAGUCCAGCUCAGCAGGUUUCUGGUCGGACCGGUUCGUCUCCGUAGCGCUAACCUUCAGGUUCAGAUGAUGAUUGGCUGUUGAGUUUGUUCCUCUGUUUCCAGUUUCUCAGGAAGUUCAGUUUUUUGUCUCGUCGGUGUGAAAGUUUAUUUUUCAGUUUUUAACCCUUUAAACUCCCACCUAUAUUUUUCUUCUUUUGGUCCGCCUGUUUCACCUCGAUCGUUUCAAUCACAGCAAAUAUAAACACAUCUUUAUUUUCAGGACAACCUCAGCUUCAGUUUAUGGAGCUAAAAUGAUGUAAAAUAAAAGUGACAGUAGAUUCAGAACCAACAAAGUCAACCAAGAAACAAAAACAGAAACUGAUCCCAACAGAACUUUGAUCAAAAACACAUAAAUCUACAGUGACCAAGCCUUUUCUCACCUGAACAUCAUUCUCUCAAGUCUAUCAGGAGAAGAAAUAUUGGGAUUGGAACAAACACACAACAGAAACUAUUGACAUAUUUACACUCAUUCUUCCAGGCGUUUCAGUUCCUGUCUGGGAUGAGACAGAGGACCACAUCAGACUGCUCAGAAUCUCUUCUUUACUUGUUUCCAAACAUUGAGGAACAUUAUUUCUGAUUUUACAGACAAGCAGGGAACUUUCUCAUCUCUUAUUGGACACUACCGUCAAGGGGACAAUAGAAGAAGAGAGUUAAAGAGCUUAGACCUGAUCUUUGCAGGAGAAGAUGAGGGUUAAAGAGCUUGGACCUGAUCUUUGCAGGAGAAGAUGAGAGUUAAAGAGCUUGGACCUGAUCUUUGCAGGAGAAGAUGAGGGUCAAAGAGCUUGCACCUGAUCUUUGCGGGAGAAGAUGAGAGUUAAAGAGCUUGGACCUGAUCUUUGCAGGAGAAGAUGAGAGUUAAAGAGCUUGGACCUGAUCUUUGCAGGAGAAGAUGAGAGUUAAAGAGCUUGGACCUGAUCUUUGCAGGAGAAGAUGAGGGUUAAAGAGCUUGGACCUGAUCUUUGCAGGAGAAGAUGAGGGUUAAAGAGCUUGGACCUGAUCUUUGCAGGAGAAGAUGAGGGCCAAAGAGCUUGGACCUGAUCAAACAGACAUUAAAAUAAACCUGCAUUUAUUUGACUGAGGGAGGAAGUGCAGUUUGUUAAUCUUUAGGAUCCGGUUCACUAAGAGUAUGAGAAGAAUAUGAGACCGUGUGAUUGGUCGAAAGUUUGACAGAAAAAGACGUCAUCAAAACAGAUCGUCAAACUCAGAAGACAUUAGCGUCAUUUAGUGAUAGUGAUAUUUUUUUCAUCACAGUAAUCUGAUCAAUAAUCCUGUUUUCACCGUAUAUCACUGUGGAUUUACCAUCAAUCGUCUCUGAUCAAACUCCUGUUUUUGUGUCUGGAUUGUAAACCUUGUGGCAGGUGUAGAAACGUCUGGAAACCCUGGAUAGAUCGACUAAAGGAUAAACUAUUGAGCACUUUUUAUCCCGUAGAGAUACACGGUAUAGAUCCUGAGAAACUGUGAACUAUAUUCAUGGCGUCACGUGGGAUUGACGGCGAUCCAGCGGAGUUCUGAGAGUUAAUCUUCAUCUGUGAUUUUUGAGUUUUAUUGAUCUGAGGAGGAUCAGCUGCUGAAACUCUGAAUGAAACAGAUCAGACUCUGAUUGGACUGAUCUCUAACAGACGCUGGGACCGUCUUCGUCCUGAUUGGUGGGGGAGGGGCAGCUAGGUCUUUAUGAAUAAUUAAAAUGUCUCAGCUGCUCUCAUUGAUUAUUUAACAGGAUAAACUUAAUGUGACCUUUGACCCGUAAAAGCAGCAUAAAGAUCAUGAAAUCAUACAUGAAUUUAAUCGCACUGAUAAGAGACAGUAGCUUUAUUUUGAAAAGGUUUAUUCCUGUUAGCUCUGCUCAUAUGAACGACGUUUAACCCAGAAUAGAUCAGGUUUACAUGUCCAUGAUGAACACAUGAAUGUAAUAAUCCAGCCGUCUGCUUCCCUCUCAUGGUCAGUUUCUUCCUGUUUUCCCUGAAAUUAGUUUCCUAAUAAUUCUUCUGAACCCUGGAGUCUGAUUCUCCUCCUCCUCCUCCUCCUCCUCCUCCUUCUCCUCGCUCUCCAUCUCAGCCCGUCUCGUUGCUAUGCAGAGAAACCACCUCUUUUCUGCCAUCCAGGAGCUUCUCUGUGAUUGGCUGUUGCCAAGCUGCAGGGUUGGCACAGAGAGAGAGAGAGAGAGAGAGAGAGUCGGUGUUUCUUUCUCUGCCGAGAAUAACAACGAGGUGAAACAACCCUGACGACGGCGGCGAGCGCAGGAAUUCACCCCGAUUAGACUAAAACACUCGGUCCGUCUGUCUGUGAAGAAGUUCUGGGAGGUUUUCUAAGAGGUCCAGGUUUCCAGGGUUCCUGGUCUCUGUUGUCUGGGAUCCUGCAGACAAAACUCUGACAUCUUUAAGACGUCAUGAUGUUAAUGAUAUUUUAAAGGAUAAUUCUAACUACUAUCUAAACUAGCUCUUUAACAGACCGUGUGCAAUAAUUUCUAAAACCAUAAGAGGGUCAGAGGAGACCUGCAGAGAGACCAUCAGACUCUGGCUCAGAACCAGUUUAGCAGAUCUGGGACCAGUCUCUGCAAACUGGAUCAGACCAGAUUACCAUAAUCAGAAAUGAAGUCAGGAUUAAUGCCAACCAUCAGAGUCCACUUUAUGUUUCUGCACAUUUUCCUCAAAUCUGAACCGACAUUUCUGAACCGACAUGAACCCGUGAGUAAAAGAGGGGAAAUAAAUCAACGUGAUUUAAUGUUACGAUACGACAACAUGGACGACAACAGACGAUUCAAGAGACGACGGGAUCAUCUCAAAACAACAAACUCUGUUCACACACGAGCAGACGGGUUUACUGACGCAAAAACAGGAGGACAGAGGAUACGGGCACGUGCACGGACAGCUGCAAACGUGCACGGACAGCUGCAAACGUGCACGGACAGCUGCAAACGUGCACGGACAGCUGCAAACAUGUCAAAGUGUCAGUGAUGUUCUCUUCUCCUGAAAACUUCCAACAAACAAACGUCACAAAUCCACAUUUUCUAACCAAAGGAGUUUAUUAUAACCUGCUGAAGGAUCAUGAGAAUGUGAGACAGACAGACAGACAGACAGACAGACAGACAGACAGACAGACAGACGGAUGUUUUAUUUUUAUUUAUUUAUCACAGAUUAAAAACAUGUAAGGAGGGAAUGAAGCUGAUUGGCUGAUACAGAGAUCCACUCCUGUCAGGGCGGAGGAGGGUGAAAACGACAAAGUAAUUCAGACAUAGACAGGAUAUAGAUAAACACUGAUACAGAGAAAGGUUUAAAAUAUAUACAAACUGUCAUAAAGUGAACAGAGACUCAUCAUCAACCAGAGACAGAGACAAUAUAAGAGGAAAAGAAACACGAACUCAACAGAUACUGACGUCUUUAAGACAUUUUAAUGAGGAUUUAAAGGACAAUUCUAAUAUAAUAUUACUAUUAUUAUGAACUACAGUUUAUUAGUUUAAACUGAUAAUGUUAGCUGUAAACGAUGAGUGAAAAUAGUAAAGAAGUCCGUCUGUAGAUGUGGAGGUUAGAGAGGAUACAGACAGAUGAAGAUCAUUAAAGUUGGUGUUUAUGGAGCAGGUUUAUACUUUUUAACGUCUAAAACCACAAACACAGUUAACCCGACCACGACAUGCAGACUCUAGAUUCACGUUUUCUGUGUCUGUGCAGGAAUAAAACGUCUCUGUGGUCUGAGUUCAGAUCUGACUGAACUUUGGAGAGACGACGGAUUAAACAUGAACUGGAUGUUGGACCAAGUUUGACUUUUUAUUAUAGAGAAGGAUUUAUUUAGACUCGGACACAGUAUAUUUAUUUACUGAUGGAGUCAUGUAUUUAUUUCUGUUGUUCAGUCUGAGAGUCGUCUGAAGAUAAAUCUGAGUUUCUCUGACUCCUCUGUCGUUUCCUCCUGACCUCCUGAUUAAAAUAUGAUUUAAUAAUCCUGUAGAUCCGUCUCUGUGUCUGACAGACCGUCUCACAGAGUCUAAAUCUGAUGAACUCCAGCCCAGAAUCCUCUCUGAGAAGAAAAACGCCGUUUAUUUUCCUCUCGCUGGCGUCCAUUUUGUCGUCAUGUGAGCAGCCAGUCGUGUUUAAUGGAGGAGGUUUGGACCGGAGCCACGCGCUCACAUCCAGGCCGAGACUGAAACAGGAACACACAGACACACACAGACACACACAGACACACAAAAACACACAAAAAAUGUGAAGAAAGACGGAGAAAAUAUUCAGGUUUUCUUUGUUUAAGAGGGGGAACACACACACACACACACACACACAGUCAGAAAUCCUCAGAGAGUGGUAUCAAAGCCUUCACCCCCUUUUAUCAUCCCGUCACCAUGGCAACGCCUCAGGGUGGGAUAUGUGUGUGUGUGCGUCUGCAGACAAAGAAUACAGAUCUGAGUGUGUGUGUGUGUGUGUGUUUUCGUAUUUUUCUCCUGACUGGACGGAUCAAUAUUCAUGACUUUAGGUCAGGUGUGUUUGUGAAGAUCUCUCAGGUAAAAGAAAUUAAAGCUCCAGUAAGAGAUUUUUGUCAUUCUGUGGUCUGAAAACAAACAAACAAACAAACAGGUCACUGAAAAUAAAGAUUCCUCAAACAGACUUGGCGUCUCCUCAGAGAAAAUGUCUGAUCUCCUCAUCCUCACCUCUGCCUCCUCUUCCUCUGUGUGUGUGUGUGUGCAGCUGUCUGGAGCAGAGAAGCCCCCUGCUGGAGAACCGGAGAACAACACGUCCUCGUCUGCUGCGGCAGGAACAGAAGCUCCUGCAGACGGAGGCAGCAAGGUGACUCUUGACUCCGCCCUCAUUAAUUCAUCGCUGGAGUCAGUUAUCAAUAACGUUUAUAUUGAUAAUUACACUUCACUGAUUAUAACUGAUCACAUUAAAGGGAUAUUGAUCCCUGAGACUCUUAUUAACUACCAAACGGAUCUUGGAGCACGUGUGGAGUCGUGUUUGUUUUAGUUUUAGUCUUUGUGUCAAACUGUCAGAUUAGUUUUUAUUAAUUUUAGUUUAAACUCCUUUUUGUUUAGUCUGGUUUUAGUCAAUGAUUUUAAUUCUGUUGAAGUUAUCUCAUUCUGUUUAACCCAGUUCAUAUAGUAUAACUACCUGUACAGUAUAAAAUAGAUAAAACCAAAUUUUUCUUUUAGUCAAACUCAUUUCACACAGUGUCCAGAUAUCAUUUCUGAUUUUUCUUACUCGUCUCUGCCCACCACAUCUAAAAAUACGGGGAGUUAAGGGAUUGAGGAAGUGACGUCGUCUGUGUCUGAGCAGAGCGACGUUCAGUCGAGGAAACAGAAAAAAAAACAACGUAACUAAACAAUUUCGUCUAGUUUUAGUCAACGAAAAUAAAGAGACAGAGUUUUUAUUUAAUGAACCACAUUUAGUCGUUUUUAUCCAUCAACAAUAUUACAUUAUAUAUGAAGUUAUAGUUACCCUCACAAGACCACCAUUUACUUUAGGUCUGAUCUUGUUUUCAUCACGUUGAAAAGGUUCGUAAAUAAUAAUAAUAAUAAUAAUAAUAAUGACGAUAUUUCGUCAUUAUUUUCGUUGACGAAAACAAGACUAAUGUGGAGGACCAACGAUCGUCUGCAAAGAGCAGAAUCAUCGUUUUCAUCUCUACAAAUAUGUCUGUCUAGUCUCAUUUAGAUGGACUCUGUAUUUGUCUGAUAAUGAUCAUGUUGGUUUGAAUGAAACAGGACUCUGAGUCCGUGUCGCAGACGUUAAAACCUCGCUCUCCUGCCCCCCUCAGGUGGAGAUGGUCUUCUGGCUGCUCUCCAUGCUCGCUAACAAAGACAAGGAGGAGAUGUCCCGCACCCUCCUGGCUCUGUCCAGCUCCCAGGACAGCUGCAUCGCCAUGAGGAAGUCCGGCUGCGUACCUCUGCUGGUCCAGAUCCUCCACGAGGCUCCAGGUGGCGCCAGCGGGCCCGGAGAGACAGCGGCCAAUGGUGCAACGACAGGCUGUAGCAGAGAGGCCAAAUCCAGAGCCAGCGCCGCCCUCCACAACAUCAUCUACUCCCAGCAGGACGAGGGGCAGGCCCGCCGGGAGAUGAGGGUCCUGCACAUGCUUGAGCAGAUCCGGACCUACUGUGACAGCGGCUGGGACUGGAUCGAGAGCCACGCAGGGACUCCUUCACCAGGAGGAACCAAGACCACAGGUGAGAGAAGCUCUGAUGAAGAUCUCCUCACACAGAGGAACCUAAACCUGAAACCCUGAUCAUGAGGAGCCCCCCUUCAGUUUGCUGAUCCUCUACUGUGUUGGUUCUUCUCUGCAGACAUCCCUGAACCCGUGGACCCUCAGAUCUGUCAGGCCGUGUGCGCCAUCAUGAAGCUGUCCUUCGAAGAGGAGUACCGCCGCGCCAUGAACGAGCUAGGUCUGUGAACGCCUGAAGAUGUUUCUGGUCUCCAUCGUCAGUCUCACUCCUGCUUAACUGUCGCUGAUUUCUUCCAGGUGGUCUGCAGGUGGUGGCGGAUCUGAUCCACCUGGAGCAGGAGAUGUACUGCAUGCAAAAUGACCCCAUCAACAUGGCGCUACGCCGCUAUGCAGGAAUGGCGACGACGAACCUGACCUUUGGAGACGUUGUAAACAAGGUAAAGAGAAACAGGCGUCCGAACGGUUCAGACGUUCAGGAUUGAAAACGUUCUUCGAUUAGUCGGUUCAGAUUUCCUGAUUCUCCAGACUAACACGGUCUUUGUUUGUUUCAUGUCUUCCUUGUCCUCCAUCAGGCCACUCUAUGUUCAAAGAAGAGCUGUCUCCAGGCUCUGGUGGCCCAGCUGGCCUCAGACAACGAGGAGCUCCAUCAGGUGGUCUCCAGCAUCCUGAGGAACCUGUCCUGGAGAGCCGACAUUAACAGCAAGAGAGUCCUCCGAGACAUCGGCUGUGUGUCUGCGCUGAUGACCUGCGCCCUGCAGGCCACCAAGGUAACAACACCCUCUGAAGAAGGAGUAGAUACCAGUGGAGAAGAAAGACGAACAGGAAUAGAUUUCCUUUUUACUGAUUCAUCAUUUUUUGUGCUCUGGUUCUCUCCGACGUUCAUCUGUCUCCGUAGUUUCAGCCGAGACUGUUGUCAGUGUUUGUAAGUGAACUCGUGGAUAAAACCUGUUUGUCGGUUUUUCAGGAGUCGACCUUGAAGAGCCUCCUGAGCGCUCUGUGGAACCUGUCAGCUCACAGCAUCGACAACAAGGUGGCGAUCUGCUCAGUGGAUGGCGCCCUGGGCUUCCUGGUCAGCACGCUGACGUACCGAUGUCAGACCAACUCACUCGCUAUCAUCGAGAGUGGCGGAGGAAUCCUCCGGAAUGUGUCCAGUCUGGUGGCCACACGAGAAGAUUACAGGUCAGUGUUUGAGAGUAGACCUUUGACCUUCAUAUCGAAGUAUUUCCGUUUAGUAUCAUAAGCUCCAGCUGGGUUUGAGAAAUUGAUUUCUGUGUUUUUUCUUUCAUCACAGGCAAAUCCUCAGGGACCACAACUGCCUCCACACUCUGCUUCAACACCUGCGCUCCCACAGCCUGACCAUCGUGAGCAACGCCUGUGGAACUCUCUGGAACCUUUCUGCCAGAAGUCCUAAGGACCAGGAGCUGCUGUGGGACCUUGGGGCGGUCAGCAUGCUGCGUAACCUGAUCCAUUCCAAGCACAAGAUGAUCGCCAUGGGCAGCGCCGCAGCUUUGAGGAACCUCCUCACCAACCGACCCCUGAAAUAUAAGGACGCAGCGGUUGUGUCCCCUGGUUCCUGCAUGCCUUCACUCUACAUGAGGAAACAGAAGGCUCUGGAGGCAGAGCUGGACGCUAAACACCUGGCGGAGACCUUUGACACCCUCGAGAAACAAAGCCCCAAGCACCUGACCUUCAACAAGCCGCUCAGGCACAUCGAAAGUCUUGCAAAGGAUUAUGCGUCUGAUUCUGGUUGUUUCGACGAUGACGAGGCCCCCAACGUCUCCAGUAGCCUGGACACCGGGAGCUUCUCCAUGUUGUCCAUGUUCUUGACCAACUCGAACUUCCAGCAAAACCAGCCACGAAAGAGGGACACCGAACCUGAGAGGGACAUCAACCCUCCACAGACCGCAGAGAAAAGGCAGGCGCCUCCUGAUGAUGUGGUGUCUGCAGCUGCCGAGAAGCUGGCUAAAAAGAUCACCAACACAGUGGCGAAGAUCGACAGGUUAGUGGAGGACAUCACCAUGCACACGUCCUCAGAGGACAGUUUCAGCCUGAGCUCUGAGGACCACCUGGCAGACUGGCCUUAUGGGAUGGAUGAACUUAACGAAGCCCGGGCGAAGUCGUGCUCCCCCUGCCGUCUCUCUGAUACAAGCAGCCUGGCCCACAGAGAGCGCCUCAGUCGGGCUCACGCUCUGCUGCGCCUCAAAACUGCACAUACAAGUGUGUCGACAGACAGCCUGAACAGUGGGAGCACGAGCGACGGUUACUGCGGCAGCAAAGACCAGGUGCGACCUGCUCCAAGAGCUCUGAUGAUGCAACAGCGACCCAACCAACUUGAUCUCAAAGUGGCUCAUCAGGAUUACCUCAAUACAGGACCUGGUGUCCCCAAUGAGACCAACCAUCAAGAUAUUCCUGAGAGAGACUCGGUGGACAACAAAGAUGUGAAAACAUUGGAGCUCGGCAGCACGGAUGCCGAAAAAAAUCAGGAUCAACCCGUGCAGACGCCCGUCAGUGCGUCUACCAAACUCUCCUCUGAUGUCAGCAUGACCUCGAUAAAACUCUCACCAUCUUAUCAACAAGUCCCACUCAUUCAGAGCGUGGCCAAGUUCGGGGUAGCCAAGACAGCCAUCAAUGUUCAAGCUGCCCAGGCAAUGAGGAGGCAAGCAUGGGUACCGACUGUGAUGACAGGAGGAAGUAUCACAAAGUUCUCGCCAAUGCCAUCGACCAGGAGCCCCACCAUUGGGACGAUGGAGACAGUUCAGAAAUACUCUGUGGAAAACACGCCCAUUUGCUUCUCUCGCUGCAGCUCGCUGUCCUCCCUGUCCUCUGGGGAUGGCGCACUAGACGGACAGAGUGAAAACGAGCUGGAGAGCGACUCCUCGUUGGAAAUAAUUGAAGUGGAGGAUGAAGAGGUGGUAAAAAGAGCCGAAGAGGAUGAAACCUUGGAGGAUUUGAGUGACAGCCAGCUGCUGAUGACUGACUCCAAGACCUUCCCCAGUAAAGACACUGAUCCCAUUGAGAUUCCCUGUCCUGCCAAAAGAGAAAAGGUGUUUCUAAGGGGGGCUUCACCAGCUGUACUUGAAGACAGAUCUCCUUCCAGCUCAUCUGAGAACUACAUCCACGAGACGCCCCUGGUUAUGAGUCGCUGUAGCUCAGUCAGCUCGCUGGGCAGCUUUGAGUCCCCCUCUAUAGCCAGCUCAAUCCAGAGCGAUCCAUGCAGUGAGAUGAUCGAUGGAACAAUAAGCCCCAGUGAUCUUCCUGACAGUCCAGGACAAACAAUGCCUCCUAGUCGCAGUAAAACUCCAUGUUGUGUCGAGUCAAACGGACCAGAGACCCAGACCACGGUGACAGCAGGCCAGUGGGAAAGCAGUCUGCGGAAGUUCAUGGAGAUCGCAGACUCCAAGGAGAGGUUUAACCUUCCACCUGACCUGGACACCAUGAUCUACUUCACUGUGGAAAAACCCACAGAGAAUUUCUCUUGUGCGUCGAGUCUCAGCGCUUUGCCUCUUCAUGAACACUACAUACAGAAAGACGUUGAGCUGAAAUUGACGCCCCUGCUCCAACAAAGUGACAAAAAUCUCGCUUUCCCUGACGACGAUGAGCGAGGAGCCGAACACGGUGAGAGAUACAGUGAAGGCAACUCAGACGAUGACAUAGAAAUCCUGAAGGAAUGCAUCAACUCGGCAAUGCCCUCCAAGUUCAGAAAAGUCAGACCUUCCCUGAUGACCACCAUCCCCCCCCAUAUUCUCAACGCUCAGAUCCGUAAACCCAUCCAUCUCCCAGUUUACAGGAUGCUUCCAAAUGGCAAAACCCAAAUGUGUCCUGGGAGGAGGAUUGUUAUCCCACAGGACUAUAAGUUUGAGGAUUCAUCCUUCACUGACUCUGCAGAGGGUACACCUGUGAAUUUCUCCAGCACCACCUCUCUAAGUGAUGAAACACUUCAGUAUCCGGUGAAGGAGAGGGGGGCCAAAGACUGCACAGCAAGAGGCAUGAACAAACAGGAAGUUCUAGAUGACGAGGCAAAGAGGAUUGAGGACCUGAGGAUCUUCUCACACUUUCACAAACCCAACAGAAUGAACUACCCACCAGAGAUACAAGUGAACCGAACCACCAAACACGUUGUUCCCACUCAGAGGGUGCUGAUGCAGAGCAAAGAGGUAGCCGAUAGAGUCGCCAGCCAAAGAAAUCGAGAUCAGUCCCCUAAUCAGCGAAGGAAGAUGCAAGGCCAAGGUCCCAUCAGGAAGCUGGAACUGCCCGUCAUAAAACAAAACACAGAAGGGAACCUGAACGUGGGCUCACAGAGAGGAAACGCAAUCUAUCGACAAAUGACUCGGUCUUCGGAGGAAAGCAUCAGCUUCUACGAUGAAAAUGAGAAAGAUGAGGUGGUGAAACGGACGAGCAGGAAACAGAUCAGAGAGGCCAGCAGGAAUAAUCUCUCUAGGAGCAUGACGAAUAUCGGCAGGAUCGAUAAUUCCCAGGGAAAGUCUCGAGGGUUUCAGAGGAUAAAACAGAAUCUGAUAAAGGACGAGUCCCUGGCAUGUUAUUCUCUCAGCUCUUCUCUCAGUUCACUCAGCGAUGCAGAGUUUGACGAUCAUAAAUCUAAAGCCCAGCAGAUAUGGUACAAGAACCGGCACAACAAGUCACUUAACAUGAUGCAACAAACCAAGUCCAUGAACAUCCACAGCCAGUAUGAAGUGCCGAGCUCCCCGAGUUCUGUCAGCAUGGAUUCAGAAGAUGACCUCCUUCAGAAAUGCAUUACAUCAGCCAUGCCCAAGCAGAGACGGAAGCUCGCCGCACGAAAGAGGAAAGCGGAAAACAAGCAGAAGCAGAAGGCUUCUGAAGGGUGGAACAUGGAUGAGGAAAUGGACAGUGACGACACGGCCUGGGACAAAGAUUCCGAUCUCAACAGUGUUGAAUGGAGAGCCAUACAGGAAGGAGCUAACUGUGUCGUCACCGGGCUGCAAGCAUCCAAGUCUCAAGAGCCGUCCUCUGAGGAGACUGAAUCAGUCCUGUCAUUCAUGUCAACGUCCAGCUUCACACCCAAAGAAAGGAAGUUUGCAAAAGACAAAAAGCCGAACAAACCUCUAGACUUCACUCAACGCAAGCCGGUUCAGAACCUACCUGUGGUUUUCAGGGGCAGGACAGUGAUCUAUACACCCAAAAAGGAGACGGCGCCAUCACAAAGACCUCCUCCCAGAAAAGUACCAACCAAGACAGAUGCUCCAAAGAACCCGAACCUUGCCCAGCACAGAUCGAAGAGCCUCCACCGGUUAGGCCAUCCCCAGGAUACUGAGCUGUCUUUGCCAAAGAGGAGCUCUACACCGCCUCCAAGGAUACCAAAAAGUUCCUCCUCCGGAUCAUCGCAAAGCUCUACACCAUCCAAACAGUCCCAGAAGAAGAUAACAUCUCCUACUCAGACCAGCAAAUCAACCCUGAAGAAGAAUGCGUCACCUGCUACCAGUCCACCGGCGACCAGUCCUCCUGAAAGAAAGGGGCGCUCUCCUGUGGUGAAUCAAAAUGAAAAAUCACCUCCUCCCAAAACCCAGAAGUCUCCUGUCCGAAUUCCUUUCAUGCAGAACUCGGUCAGGCCCAGACCUUUGUCUCCCCUGGUAACAAACCAGGCGACCAACAGGCAGACCAAUCAGGUGAACGGGAGGAGGGUGCCGCCCAGCAACCGUUUUGAAAUGGUCAGGAUGACGUCUGUCCAUUCAAGCAGCGGUGAGUCUGAUCGCAACGGUUUCCUGAGACAGCUGACUUUCAUCAAGGACUCAAAAACUGGGGUGAGGCGAGACGGCUCGCCACGAAACAUGUCGGGGUCACAGAAUGGAUCCCCUCGCAGAACAGUUCCCGGGGCUUCGGCUGUCUUCCUGUGCUCAUCACGCUGUCAGGAACUCAAAGUAGCUGUGCAGACCCAGAGAAAGGUGCAAGUAAAAAGUCCAGGACAAGCACAGCAAGUCCAGAGGCCGGAUAAUGGACCUCAGAAGCAGACUACAGCUCUCUCAAGAGCGACCUCAAGUGAUAGGGACCUGUCUGCGAGACGUCCAGGCAGGAGAACCAGCUCAGAGAGCCCCUGCAGGGUGGCUCAGCGAAAUGGGCCCGGCAGAGUGUCUGGACCGAGGCAGAGACAGGACACAGAUACCUUUAAACGUCACGCCUCAUCACCGAGCAUCAACAUACUGAGCAGAGUGACCAGCCGUUCUUCCCUGCGCUCUUCAUCAUCGGAUUCCAGUGGGCGAGCAAAGAGCGAGGAUGAAACCAAGAAGAAGGGGCAGAGAUCUGCAUCUCGGCUUAACGACAGAGUCACCUGGAGGAGGAUCAGGGAUGAAGAUGUACCUCAGAUCUUGAAAAGCACUCUGCCCGCCAAUGCAUUACCUCUGGUGCCUUCUCCUGACGGGGAAAAGCCAAAGCUACCAGCUCUUCCAGGAAAACUGCCGACUAUACUCCUCGCGUCUCGUAAAACAAGCGACGCGACAGUCCAGACAGACGAUUUCUCAAACAACAAGACCAACUCCAGCACGUCUCCUGCAGUUGAAGCGGCCCCUCUCCUCUCAGAGGAAGCUGCACGACAAGCGCUGCUGAGGAAGAUCAGUGUGACCUCUGGGGGAAACCCUCAGGAUGGAGAUUCAGAAGGCUCCCUGAAGAGCCACAGCACCGUCUCAACGGGAACAACUGAGAGCCACGUGGGUGGAGCCGUCCAUUUCCGCCAAGGAUCUCCAAGCAAGGCCGCCCGGAUCACUCCGUUCAACUACACCCCGAGCCCCAUGGCCAGCUGCCCCCCAGACACCCAGAGCCCAGCAGGCACAAUCAACGAGAAGUCUGGAGAAAAGAGCGAGUCCUAGGACUGUAGUGGACUCCACAGACGACCCUACUGUGUUCCUGUAUGAACUCAGCGCUCAGGUGGACAGACUCGGAGGGUGCUGGUCCCUAUACCUCGGGUUUUGACCCUUUACUUUCCCCUUUGACUGCAUUUCUGUUUUUUUUCUUCUUCUCACUGAACAAUUGAUAAAAGCUUCCAUCUCCCAUUCACACAGGGUUGGAUGUAUGCAUUGAAGCAGGUCUGCUCAGAGCGGACCUCCGAUGACUUUUAGAGGUGCACUUCAGAGGAGCAGAAGAGCAUCUUUUUGUACUUUUUUUGUAUUUGUAGAAGUAAUCAUUGCCUGGUUACAUAAAAAAACAACUAACUUGAUUUCAGCACAUAAUUCAUCGUCGGUCUCCCGAACAGAAUCGAUUCAAGAACAAUAUUAUGCAAAUCUCUGAAGGACGACUGAGCUGGACUUUGACCUGACAAGGUGCAAACUGUGGCAGACUGUUGAUAGACUCACCGAGGACUCAGACACACCGACAGAAACGGACUUUUCUCACAUACAGUAUGUCAAACGCUACAAAUGAAUAUGCUACACUCUGAACCCUGCCUGUUAUAAAAGAGGUCCAGUAUGGUUAGGGGUGAAAUCUUGAUCCAAACAAUCUCCUCAAAUUAACGACAGCAGCACCUAAAUCACAUUUGUCUCCGUUCUUCCUGCUAACCAGUUAAAACCCGAAAGCCAACCGCGUCAGGAGCGAAGUCGACUCGUAGAUCAUCUGUGGUUCGACCGUGAGAUUUAGAGGGUUCGGCAUUAAAGUCACACUGAUGCAGAAACUGCUCUGUAGUCGGACUCGACGAUUCUUCACUGAACUAAAUGAGGUAUUAAAGUCCCGGUUGACGAUUGAAGAAGCAGUUCAAAGAAAUCGAACCGUUGAGGCAGAUUUGAAAAGAGCGUCCCAGCUCUGCGAGCGAGCGCCGUCUGCAGCUGCCUGGACAGCUACCGUGUUGACAUGUCAGAGACUAAUCAGAGUUAUUUAUGUAACAUGAGAUAAAAGGAGAUAAAAAUGACCUGUUCAACUAAAACUCUGCUGUCUCAGCGUCUCCAAGGAUGACCCGAGAUUCCUCGCUUGGUCACAUGUCCUCUUAGACUCCGCCCCUUCCUCUGUCUGCGUUUUCUUCCCACUUUUGCUCCGAGGAGGGCCGGGAGAGUGGGAGGGGACGAGUCUGAACGAUGGGAGAGGGGUGUGUCGAAUACAGCGAGGUGAUUGGAUGGAGAGGCGGAGCUGGAGAUUGACCAAUAGGAGCUGUCUGGGACGGAUGGCUCCCAUUGGUCAAUGUUUUUGCAGCCCUGCACCUGAUAGGGUGAACGGAUUUUUUCCGUUCUUUUUUCUCUUCACUUUGUGGAGAUCGCACUAUAGGACCAUGAUCGCCAUGGAAACGAGGUUCAUAAUAAUUACCGAUCUCUACAAUCGUCAACCAUGACUUUAAUGUCGGCACAGAAAUAUAAAAUAAGUUCGUUUUUGCCAAAUCAGGAUUGAUUCAUCAACAUUUCAUCUGGACACCGGCUGGACUCUCAGAACCGUCUCGUAAAUAUUGAAGCAGCUUCUGUCCUUUUCCCGUCCGUCAGCAGAUUCCGGUCAAACCCACAACCUCCUGUAGUCCUAGUCCUGAUCAGUAUUGUAAAUAACAUGCCGAUAUACAAAAUCUCCAAAGCUUCCUGGUGACUCUGUGACACCCUGACAGCAUGCUCGUAUAUUCACUGACCGCACACACCUACACACACACACACACCUGGACAGCAGUGACGUUGUUAUACAGCGGUAAAUGCUUUCUACAGUCUGAGGAGAGCAACACUAGCCAUCUGUUCAAAGUGCUGCAAAGACCUGUAACGCUCGGAGCCGUCAGCGUAGAUGAACAAACCUGUGACAUCGUAUUCCUGUUGCUACUAGAUUCAGACGCUGUUCGCUGUUGGUCACAAAUGACGGUUGGAUUCUGGGUCUAAGGGGGCGUGUCCUCUCUGAAAGUCCUUAUAACGUGUUAAUAUCUGCUUUACUGUGUUGCUGUAAAAGUAGUGAUAGGUGGAGAAGAAGUCAAAUAUAAAGAUGAUGAAUAUUCUCUGUAGUGUACCAUCGCUCCUCCAUGUGUGCUCGAGGAUAACCGACAGAAAAGGCAGGAAACGGACAGAUCUACAAAAAAAUAAGGUUCUGUAUUUCUACCACCACCCUCAUGUAUGUCCAAAGCAUGUCUGAGUAUCAAUAACGCCCAAGUAGCUUCUGAAUGCAGACCUUCGACGUCCAUCCUCCCAUAAUGAGACUCCAGAAAAGACUGUUUCUACUGAGUGAUAAACUCUCAUCAUCGCGCACGGACAGAGCGAGAGUCAGAGACGGUGGAAAUCAGGAGUGAUGACGAGCAACGCUGCAGGAAGAAGUGAGGAGGGAUGAAAUCUGUGCGCCAGUUUCAGCAAAGUUAGAGGGAGGUUAUUUAAGGCGGUCAUGUUUGUUAUUUUCUGUGGAGGACGUCAGUCUGCAGCAGACAGUGGAGAGACUCGGUUCUUCGUUAUUGUUUCAGACUGAGUUUAAUUCCUAAAGUCUGUUCGACACGGUCGUCAUUCCUCACUGUGUCCCUGUUCUGGAGCGUUGGUUGGGUGUUUGAUACUCAAAGAGAGGUUUUCUCUGAAACUGAAAACCUCAGAGGUAACGUCAGGAUGCAAAGGUGUGAGUGAGACGCACGGAGAGUUUGGCUCCAUGUUUAAAAGCCAUCAGAAGGUUCUGGAAGUCUGAACACCGAAACUGUCUGCAGCUGAUCACGUCAGUCUGUCUGAUCUGAGACUUUAGUCCAAAUUAAUUCAGAUUAAUGAGGUUUCAAUCAUGUAUAUUAGACUCUGCAGUUAACACUCGCUGCUUUAAAUUCACAAGUUUAAGAUGAAAUCAGUCUCAAUAAUCGGACAAAGUCAGAAUCAGAAAUCUGAUGAGGAAAUUUGAUCACACAUCACAGGAUUGGAGACGAGUGUUUUGGACAAGUCUCAGCCGGUCAGGCGUGAUUCAGACCACAGAGGUGUGUGGUGUCAUGUGACAUAGGCAGAGCAAGAGAGGCGUGUCAUUAUCAAUGUGUCAUCCAAUAAAAAGUGACGUGUUUCAUUAAA